AUGUUUACUCUCACACAGUCAUUUAUUCUUGACCAGACUGUAGCUGACUAUAUUUCCUUCAAUCACAUUUGGAAUAGCUGGGUUAAGCAAGGAUAUCACUUCAGAGAUCAGGUGAUGGUGAUGUUAGUGGAGAUUUUUGGUGAUGUGAACACUGCACAUGGACUGCAGAGCUUGAAUGACUACCUAGAAGAACGUAGUUACAUCUCCGGCUUUGCACCUUCCAAGAUAGAUGUUGAUGUAUUCUCUUCCUUGGGAAAUGCCCCAGAUGAGAAAUACAACCAUGUGCUUCGAUGGUAUAACCACAUUCAGUCCUUAGGAGUGGAGUUGAAGUUAACUCUGGGAAAAGACUCAACAGAUGCACAGGUCUUGCUGGAAAACAAAAUGAAUGAACAAAAAAAUUCAUGCAUGUUUUUUGGGGAGAAUGCAUCAGCAACAAAAGGAGGGAAAAAUAGGUGUUCAUCACCAAGCAAGAUUGAAGAGCAGAAAGAAGAGGCAGUUGUUAAUGAUGAUGAAUUUGACUUAUUUGGUUCAGAUGAUGAGGAAGACCAGGAUGCUGCAAGAGUACGUGAAGAGAGACUAAGAGCAUAUGCUGAGAAAAAGUCUAAGAAACCUGGACCAAUAGCAAAAUCAUCAGUGAUGCUUGAUGUUAAGCCGUGGGAUGAUGAAACAGAUAUGAAGUCAAUGGAAGAACUGAUUCGAUCUAUCAAGAUGGAUGGUCUUUCAUGGGGUGCCAGUAAGCUAUCCCCUCUUGCCUUUGGAAUUAACAAAUUAUCAAUCUUGUGUACUGUAGAAGAUGAAAAGGUCUCUGUAGAUGACCUAGUUGAGAAGAUUUGUGAAUUUGAAGAAUUUGUGCAGUCUGUUGACAUAGCAGCAUUUAAUAAGAUCUAAAUAGGUAAUUGGUAUUUACAUUAGCAUUGGUGCUACUGGACUUUUUCAAAUGCUAUGAAUGCUCAUGGAAUGUUGAAUUUUGAAAGAAAAAGUUUGUAUACACAAUGAAAAGGGUCAUAUUUGUCAAGACCAACGACCUUUAUAUAAGUACCUAUGAUAACAUUAAUUGAAUUUAACAAUAAUGAUGAAAAUCUGGUCCUCUCAGUUCUGUUUUCUUGGUAAUAGCCAUUUGUGUUCAUCAUAAAACAAUCAAGUUAAUACUACUCAAUACAUAUGGGUCAGAUCUGAUGUUAUGAAUGAAUCAUAUUAAGCCUAUCAGAAGACAAGCUGGUGUUUAGUUUGGGGGAUUAAAUCAUUCAGUCUAAAACAGUACAUAAUGGGAACAAUAUAUUUAAUUUCUGAACUGAGACAACAAAGUGUUUAUAUAUUUAUUUUUUAUUUCAGUUUAUUUAGCAAGGAAUAAAACAAAAUAAAAAAAAUAAGUAUUUUAGUUGUGUAACCUAUUUAACAAGCAAUAUACUUCAUUUAAUGUAAAAAUCUACAUUGCCUUGUUGCUCAACUAUUUUUUCAUUGAUUACUAUCAAUGAAACCUAUGGAAAAUACUGAUUUCAUGAGGGCACUUCACUCAUUUCAAAACAUGAUUUUUGUUGUAAUGAGGCUUUCUUUGGGAAAGUUAACACCUUACUGUGUCUACUGACCGCAUUUACACCAGAGUGCAGCAAAGCUGAAACGGUGAGACGUUAAAAGAAAGCAUAUUAUUGGUAGUUCCACAAGAAUAUAUGCAUGUGCUACAGUAUCGUCAGGGGAGAUUUAAAUACCUGAAAGAAUAUGGUGGGUUAUGAGGGAAAAACACAAUAGCAAAAGUGAGGAACCAGCAAAGCCAACCCCCUUGGUUCAAGACUGAGGUAGAGAUAGGGGUCUUCACUGGGCAAGAGAGUGAGUAGUUCUUUGACCUCCACGGUUGAUCAUGUGGGUCAACAAUAUUCUCUGGUGCCAUUCUUAAUCAGCCAAGUAGUAUUCAAGCUUGACUUCCAGUACAUUCAUGUAGAUUCAUUAGAUACUGUACUGAUGGUAAGAAGUCCUAAUAAGAUGAAAACUGGUCUCAAUAUCCCUGUCCUUAUGAUGGUUAAUGGUUAAUGGUUAAACGCAAAAUAAAUGUGUAGACAUCUAAGGUCAUAUAGCACUAUAGUUAAUG